AUGUCGCGGACGCCAGGCAUUUUUAGGUCGCGCCUCAUCUUCCUCAACCUCCCGCCUGGCCUCACGCCCGAAAGCUUCCGCGCCAAGCUCACCGAGCCCAAGACGCUUAAGGAUGCUACUGUGACGGACUCCAAGCUCGUGCCGAAGCGCCGCUUCGCUUUUGUUGGCUACGCAACCGAAGAGGACGCCAAGGCUGCCAAGAAGUGGUUCGACGGCAGCUUCGCGUUCGGCGGCGGCAAAGUUAAGGUCGACUUUGUGCGUGAUGAGCCGCUCGCCCCGAAGCCCGAGAAGCCGGCCAAGCGCGCACGUCUGGAUAACGAUGCUGAGGCUGUGCCCGAGAAGAACGAGAAGAGGGAGAAGAAGGGGCUGAAGGAGUUCAUGGAGGUCAUGAAGGGCGUGGACCCGACCAAGCCACAUGAAGCCCCGCCUGGCGGGGCAGGGGUAGCCGACUCCAAGCGCAAGAAGGCUGAGCCAGCGGCGGAGGAGGAUGAAGAGCAGGAGGCUGUGGACGACGACGAGGAUGAUGCCGCAUGGCUCGCCAAGCGCCAGCAACGACUUGACGAGGACGAGAUGCCGACAGAACCUCAGCUCGACCCCGAAGAUGCGCUCAUCAUGUCGACAGGUCGACUGUUCGUGCGCAACCUCGCCUUUGUGACGACAGCCGACGACCUGCGGGAAGAAUUUGGCAGGUAUGGCGCCGUAGUCGACGUUCAUCUUCCGGUGUCACAGAAGACGGGCGAGCCUCUGGGUACAGCGUUCAUUCUCUUUCGCGAGCCGGCCGACGCUCUUCGUGCUCGUCAGAAGCUGGACAAGAUGACAUUCAAGGGCCGUCUGCUGCACGUGUUGCCUGGUCGGGCGCGGCCUGGGCAGGAGACAGUCGUGGAAGUCGGCAAGAGCACAACGGACGGCAAGGUGCUCGGCAAGGCGGCGGAGGCGCGCGGCGAGGUCAAGGCGCGACAGGAUGAGAAGCGUGUACAGGCGAGCGCUAAAGGUCUUAACUGGGCGACGCUGUACAUGAACAGCGAUGCUGUUGCCGCCUCAGUGGCCGAUCGGAUGGGCGUGAGCAAGGCCGACUUGCUGAGUGGGAGUGACGACAUUUCGCCCGCUGUCAAACUUGCGCUCGCUGAGACGCACGUGAUCGCCGAGACCAAGACAUAUUUCGAGAAGGAGGGCAUUGUGCUCGACAGCUUGCAACCGCGCGUGCCGCGCUCCAAGACGGUUAUUCUCGUCAAGAACAUCCCCUACGGCACGUCUAUUACUGCGCUGCAGGACCUCUUUGCGCCGCAUGGCGAGCUCAAACGCGUGCUUCUUCCUCCUGCUGGGACCAUCGGCGUUGUCGAGUUUGAGAACGCCAUGGACGCCGGACGUGCCUUCCGUGCCCUCGCAUACCGCCGCCUCGGCAACGCCGUGCUGUACCUUGAGAAGGGCCCAGAGGGCAUGUUCAAGGACCCCACGGCCAAGAAUACCCCCGCCUCCAAGGAGGCUGCGGAGCGCGCUGCGCUGGUGGAAAAGGUUGCGGCGGCAGCCGAGGAGUUGCGCGACCAGCCCGCGCCGGAGGACGAAGCUGGGUCGACGCUGUUCUUGAAGAACCUCGCAUGGGCGACUACGACCACGCGCCUCUCGUCUGUGCUCUCGACGCUGCCUGGCUUCAGCUUUGCGCGCGUUCAGACCAAGCCGGACCCCAAGCGGCCCGGAGAGCGGUUAAGCAUGGGCUACGGCUUCGUGGGCUUCAAGACUAAGAAGGAGGCUCAGCAGGCUCUGGCCGGUCUACAGGGCUUCGAGGUCGACGGCCACACAUUGGAGGCGAAGUUCGCUCAGCGCGGUGUCGAAGACGACAAGGACGAGAAGGACAAGAAGGCGGAGAUGGGCGGGACGAAGAGUACCAAGCUGCUCGUCAAGAACUUGCCCUUCGAGGCGGGCAAGAAGGACGUGCGCGCUCUCUUCAGUGCUUACGGCACACUCAAGAGCCUGCGCGUGCCGAAGAAGAGCACGCUGUCGGCCACGGGAGCGGCCAGCUCGCGUGGUUUCGCGUUCUUGGAGUUCACGACGCACGCCGAAGCGCAAAGGGCGAUGGAUGCGCUCAAGCACACACAUUUGCUUGGGCGACACUUGGUGUGCGAGUGGGCGAAGGAGGGGGACAGCGUCGAUGUCGACGCUCUUCGCGAAAAGGUGUCACGCGACGCACGAGGCGGCGUGGGCGGCAAGCGCAAGUUCGACCACGGCGGCAAGGGAGAGGAGGACGACGGGCUUGAGGUCUAGAUGUACUAUC